AUGCUCGCUUCAGCCAUCGAUAUCAGGGCGUUGCUCGACGUCGUCCAUAACUACGGCUAUCUAUCCACAGCUUGCACGAUAGUCGUAUUCUUCCUGGGUUAUCGUCUUAUUUACCAACUCUUCUUCUCCCCUCUACGCCAUAUUCCAGGCUCAAUAUGGUCUCGCCUGUUCGCAUCUCACUCUGUCCUAAAGCGCGUGCUCGCCCAGGGCACCAGGUCUGUGCAGAAGGACUAUGAGUCUUACGGGGAUAUCUACGUGCUCAAGCCCAAUGGUAUCAGCAUCAGCAACCCCAAGGAUAUUAAGACUGUCUUAACAUCGUACGACUUCGUCAAGACCGAUGUGUACAAGAUGCUUGACAUCAAGGGCCGAGCCAGCAUCUUCACCACACGCGUCCCUGCGCAAGCCAGCCAGCGUCGUCGCCAGAUUGGGCCUUAUAUGAACCACGGCUACCUGAGCCGCAUGGAGCCAUUGAUUCUACAAUACAGCAUUGUUGCAAUCAAGAAGAAAUGGGAUACACAGCUGGAAAAGGCAGACGGCAAGACUAUUACCAUCAAUUUCCGCGACGAUACACAAUAUGCUACCUUUGACACAGUCGGUAUCCUUGCAUUUGGUCGAGAGUUCCGCGCGCUGGAAACGAACGACCCUACCAUCAUUCGUUGGAUCGAGGCAACAGGAUUCUACCUUGGUAUGACCAAGAACUUUCCCUUCCUCAACUGGUACCCUUUCUCCCUUCUUAUCAAUAAGAAGAAGGAUGCGUACGAAAGCUUCGUCUCAUACGCUGAGAAAUCUGUUGAGCAGCGCCGCACGGCUUUAGACGAUGGUACAGCAGACCCCAAGCCAGUCGACCUUCUUCAGGCGUUCUUGGAUGCUGAGGACCCUGAGUCCGAGAAAGCACGAAUGACACCCCACGAAGUCAGUACCGAGAGCAUCGCUAUGCAGCUAGCCGGCAGCGAGUCUACAUCAUUUGUAGUGUCGUGGGUGCUGCACCUGCUUACGCUCUACCCCGAAUUCUUCAAUCGCGCAGUGGAGGAGGUUCGCAGCCAGUUUGAUCUUGACCACCUUGUUGGUUUUGAUGACUGCAAUAGGAAGCUUCCGUUCUUGGCUGCGUGUAUCUAUGAGACACUCCGCUACUCGCCUAUCACAUCCGGUUUCAUGCCUCGCGUUAAUCACACGAACGGCAUCGUCAUCCAAGGCCACUACAUCCCGCCUGGUACAGAGAUUGCCAUUAAUAUGAUCGGGGCACACGCCAACAAGGAUAUCUGGGAAAAGCCUUACUUGUAUGACCCGACACGAUUUCUUGACAACGAUGAGGCGAAGCGCAACGUGUUUGCCUUCUCCUACGGACACAGAAACUGCAUUGGUAGAAAUCUAGCCUGGGUGGAGAUGAUGGUUAUCCUAGCCAACAUUCUCAAGGAUUACGAUAUUUCUCUUCCCAAGGGCAGCGUAUGUGGUCCGCACAAUGUCGACGAGAUGGGCAGGCCACGCAUCAUGCCUACCAAGAGCACUCUCUUCACUACCCCCAAGUACCCUGAAAGAGAUUGUCUCAUUGUAGUUAGCAAAAGAGUUGAAUAA